AUGCCUGCUCCCGACAAGAAGCCGAGAACGCUCUAUGACAAGGUCUUCCAAGACCAUAUCGUCGAUGAGAAAUCCGACGGCACUGUUCUCUUGUAUAUUGACCGACAUCUCGUACACGAGGUCACUUCCCCCCAAGCAUUCGAGGGACUAGAGAAGGCAAACCGUAAAGUACGAAGACCGGAUUGCACAUUGGCCACCACGGACCACAAUGUGCCCACCACCCCACGUAAGAACUUCAAGAACGUCGCCGAUUUUGUCAAGGAGGAAGACUCGAGGUUACAAUGUGUGACCCUUGAAGACAACGUCGAGAAGUUCGGCCUGACAUAUUUCGGUCUCGGCGACAAGAACCAGGGUAUCGUGCAUGUUAUCGGCCCUGAGCAAGGUUUCACCUUGCCUGGCACUACCGUGGUCUGUGGCGACAGUCAUACUUCCACUCACGGCGCCUUCGGCGCUUUGGCUUUUGGCAUUGGUACCAGUGAAGUUGAGCACGUGCUUGCCACCCAAUGUCUGAUAACCAAGCGAAGCAAGAACAUGAGGGUACAGGUGGACGGACGGUUGGCCCCUGGUGUCAGCUCAAAAGACAUUGUCCUCCAUGUCAUCGGCGUUAUCGGUACUGCUGGUGGCACUGGCGCAGUCAUUGAGUUCUGUGGCUCAGCCAUUCGGGCACUCAGCAUGGAGGCCCGCAUGUCGAUUUGCAACAUGUCCAUCGAGGGCGGUGCGAGAGCCGGUAUGGUGGCUCCAGAUCAGAUUACAUUCGACUAUCUCAAGGGCCGGCCCCUGGCUCCCAAGGCCGACAGCAACGAGUGGAAAAAAGCCGUCAAUUACUGGACUAGCCUGCAGUCUGAUGAGGGCGCCAAGUACGAUACCGAAGUAUUCAUUGAUGCCAAGGACAUUGCGCCCACAGUGUCUUGGGGCACGUCUCCUCAAGAUGUCGUUCCGAUCACUGGAGUUGUACCUUCGCCAGAUGACUUUCAAGAUGAGAGCAGGAAGGCGUCCUGCAAAAGAGCUCUGGAGUAUAUGGGGUUGACCGCGGGAACCAAAAUGGAAGACAUCGAGUUAGACCAUAUCUUCAUUGGGUCUUGCACAAACUCACGCAUCGAAGAUCUCCGGGCCGCCGCCAGAAUCGUUGAAGGCAAGAAAGUUGCUUCCAAUCUCAAACGCGCGAUGGUGGUGCCAGGCUCAGGUAACGUCAAAAUUCAGGCUGAGCGUGAAGGUCUUGACCAAGUCUUCAUCAAUGCCGGAUUCGAAUGGCGUGAAGCUGGCUGCAGUAUGUGCUUGGGGAUGAAUCCUGAUAUCCUGGCUCCCCGCGAACGUUGUGCCAGCACCUCAAAUCGCAAUUUCGAGGGUCGGCAAGGUGCCCUCGGCCGCACGCAUCUGGUGUCACCCGUCAUGGCUGCGGCUGCGUCCUUGACAGGCAAGCUCACUGACGUCCGCAAGAUCGUCGAUAACGCCACCCCGCAGAAAGCUUCACCGAAACUCGACGUUCAGCCUGAAUUCGCCGAGGUAGACUCGGAGGAAGAGCUGGACCGGAUCCUCGAUAUCCCUUCUGACAACACAAACUCACACACCAAUACCAACCCUUCGUCGACUGAAUCCGGCGGUGGUAUGCCUAAAUUCACCAUUUUCCGCGGUAUCGCAGCUCCCCUGAACAAGGGCAAUGUCGAUACGGACGCAAUCAUCCCCAAGCAAUUCUUGAAGACCAUCAAGCGUACAGGUCUCGGCACUGCCUUAUUCCACCCACUACGCUACAACGAGGAUGGCUCCGACAACCCUGAUUUCAUUCUCAACCAAGGCCCCUAUAGGCAGUCGAAGAUCCUGGUCGUCAGCGGACCCAACUUUGGCUGUGGCUCCUCUCGCGAGCAUGCUCCCUGGGCUCUUCUCGAUUUUGGCAUCAAGUGCGUGAUUGCUCCUUCGUAUGCCGACAUUUUCUUCAACAACACUUUCAAGAACGGUAUGCUGCCUAUCGCGAUCCCAGACAAGGCCGUUCUCGACAAGAUCUACGAGCGCGCCACAGCAGGCGAAGAGAUCGAGGUCGAUCUGCCCAAGCAGGAGAUUCGUGCUGCCGAUGGCACGAAACUUGCCGAUUUUGACGUGGAGGAGUUCCGCAAGCACUGUCUGGUUGAGGGUCUGGACGACAUUGGUCUGACCAUGCAGCAAGAAAAGGAGAUCACAGAGUUUGAGAAGAAGAGAACGAUGGAUACGCCGUGGUUGGACGGCUCCGGAUAUCUCAAGAAGUGGCGGAAAGGACCCGUGAAGGUCGAGGCUGCGCCGGUCCCCAAGACCAACAGAGGUGAGGUCAAGACCGACCCAGUCGAAUGGUAA